ACUCUUUUUGCAGUGCGCCUGUACUCCCAGAUCCCCCUAGCACUUUCCCGACACUUGCCCGCGUGGACACAUCGUCUGGGACAUCUGCGCGCAGUAUAAAACCCGCAGCCAGAGCAGAGGCCACAGGCUUGGAAUAAACCGCUGUGGGAUCAGCAGGGGACGACGUGCGUAAAGGUGAUGCGCAACUUACCUCCGAGGACGUAAAAGUUUUGAACGUUCUACUACGAGCUAUUUGUUUCACUUUGUUCCAUUUGAAACUUUCGACUCAUGGCUGAGGGAGAGUAUUAUACUAUGGGGAGCCCUCGGCGCUUCCCCCGGGACCCUUUCGUCGAUUCUCCGUUCAGAGAUCAGUCCCCGUUCAGAGACCAGUCUCCAUUCCGGGACCAGUCUCUCGCGUCCCGCUUCAUGAAUGAGGACUUUGGGAUGUCUCCCUUCCCUGAUGACCUCGCUAUGGACUGGCCAGGCUGGGCACGGCCUGGUCGCCUCAGCACGCGGAUAGGACCGAUGCCUUUCAGCGGCGGUUUACGCACAGGUUUCCCCGCGCGUACGUCCACGGGAGGACCCACGAUGUACACGAGCAGAUACGGGGAGCCCUCGUCACACAACGCCCCUACCACAACCAACGGAGAGCCGUGGAAAGUGUGUGUCAAUGUACACAGCUUCAAGCCAGAGGAGCUGCACGUGAAAACCCGAGACGGUUUUGUGGAAGUGUCAGGAAAACAUGAAGAAAAACAGGAAGAAGGAGGCAUAGUGACAAAGAAUUUUACAAAGAAAAUACAAAUCCCAAUUGACGUGGACCCAGUUACAGUUUUCGCCUCCUUGUCACCAGAGGGCGUACUCAUCAUCGAAGCACGACAGACUCCUCCCUAUCACCUCUUCAGCAACGAGGACCUGUUGCCCGGGGACACAGAGCACCUCGAGGCCCCCCCACCCCCAGAGGCUCCCAUGGUUUAACAGAUAGCAUAGCACCACACAUUUUCAGACAUGCAACUAUUAGAACUAUAGAGGCAGUUUUGCUAAGUGCAGUUAAAACUAUGCUGGUCUGUUUACAUGGACUGUAAAAAUCUGAUCGUUAUCUGAUUUCUGGCGCGGUAUCUGGCUGCAGACCUCCAAAGGACCUUCACGUGACUUACCUCCAUCCACAGGUAAAUGAAAGUAAAUAAACAGCAUAAUCUGAUUUCUUUCUGGUUGAUAAAAAGAUAAAAAUGAAAGAGAAAAUGGCUGAAAGAGUCAUUUAAAAAUCCAUUAUACUAUUUUAAUUAAAACCCAUUACAUCUAAUCUGGUAUUUUUGAUGAUCAGAUUUCUUAUGUGCAUGUACACCUAAAAUCAGAUCUAAUAAUUAGGUAAUCUUAUUAUUCUAUUUAUUUGAUUUUUACUGCCCAUGUACACUGUAGUCAGUGCCAAAAGGGGAAAUACUCUGAUACUGUCUGAUUGUCUUGUUACAGUUGUGUUAUAGAGAGAUGUAUGAUGUCAAGGUUAGAUCACCAGUUUGCCUUGUCACUGUAAGUUUUAUGUCUACAAAUAUGCAAGUUUUGUCUUACUUGUUAUAAAAAAUUGAAUGCCAAUGUAUUUUUCCUUUUGGUGUAGUUUUGUUAACAUGAAGUUAAAUAAAACUAGAAGAAUAUAUAUACCAGGUAAUGCACCAUUAUAAAAAUGAUUUUGAUUUCCUCUAGUGUUGCAUUAUUUAAUGAAACCACUGAUUUAAUUUCUUUCUUGUUACAAGUUUUUGCUUUGUGUAUUUAUAUUAAAAAUAUAUUUCCAGCUAAAGUUCCCGACAGCAACAACAAUAAAUGACUUUUUCAAACGGC